UGGUCAGACUUACACAUUCAGAUCAGUUUUAAUGUAAUAUAUUUAAGGCUAUACCCUCCCUCCAUCGUUCUCUCCUCCCUCUUCCUCCACUCCCCUCUCCUUCCCUACUCUAAUCGCUCUGUUGUGGUGUUAGUUUGAGCUUGGUGGUGGUUUCUCCUCCCUCACAGGAAACUCUCUCUCUCUUUAACUCUCUUUCUCUCUCUCUCCCUCUUGCUCUCUCUUCCUUUACACUAUAUAAGUGUGGUGGUUGGAUUGUGUGUCCGACAGAGUAAAGGAAUACUAGAGUGUAGGACAGAUGAAGAGGGGCACAAUUCCUGUGCCCCACCCCCUGCCCCCUUCCCCCCUCUCCCCGGGAUUGGCUGAUGUGAUGGUCACCGUGCAGGAUCUACAGGAUGUUUGACAGCCCUUCCCAUUGACCCAAGUCCCAGGAUGCUCAUGGUGCCCAUCGGAAGUGGCCAACCUCACCACGCCGUGCCCGUGGCCUGCGCCCUCACCUGUUCCUGGCUCCUGCUGCUCUUUCAUGCCGCCUUCAGCCAGAAGCCUGCCAAACUGCCCCUGGUGGGCCGCAAGCCCUUCAUCGCUGCCUGGAACGCACCGCUGGAUCUGUGCACUGUCAAGUACAAUGUCCACACCAACCUGGAGCAACUCUUCCACAUUAGUGGCAGUCCGCGGGCCGUCCACACUGGCCAGAAUGUUACCAUUUUCUACGCCAAUCGGCUGGGCCUCUACCCUUUCUACACGGACCACAGCAUCCCUAUCAAUGGAGGCCUGCCCCAAAACUGCAACAUCAAUGACCAUCUCCUCAAGGCCUACAGGGAUAUCAACCAUUUUAUCCCCUCAGAGGACUUUGCCGGUCUGGCGGUCAUUGACUGGGAGUACUGGCGCCCACAGUGGAGCCGCAACUGGCACAAGAAAGACAUUUACCGGCAGAAGUCCCGUGAGCUGAUCACACAGGCCUAUGUCAACGUGACUUCAUCACAAAUCGAAGAGCUGGCGAGCAAACGCUUUGAGAAGAGUGCCCGUGCGUUCAUGCAGAAGACUGUCCAGCUAGGGACGUUCCUUCGCCCCAACGGACUCUGGGGCUUCUACCUCUAUCCGGACUGCCACAACUACAACCUGCAUGAGCACAACUACACAGGCUCCUGCCCUCUGCUGGAAAGCCUGCGUAAUGACGAACUGCUCUGGUUGUGGAACAGCAGCACAGCACUGUUUCCCUCAGUGGCUAUCAGGAAGAGCCAAACAGACAGUGUAAGCAACCUCCAUUUCUCCCAGUUCAGGGUGCUGGAGUCUCUGAGGAUAGCUGGGCUCACCUCACACAGCUAUGAUCUGCCCACGUUCGUGUACACACGCCUGGGCUACAGAGACGAGGCAAUGGCCUUCCUCACAACGAAAGACUUGAUCCACACCAUUGGGGAGAGUGCUGCUCUUGGUGCUGCUGGUUUUGUGAUCUGGGGAGACCUCAACCUCACCUCAUCCAGACACAACUGCACAAAGGUGAAGUCCUUCCUGAACCAGCGCCUGGGUCAGUACAUCACCAAUGUGACACGGGCUGCAGAGGUCUGCAGUGACUUCCUGUGCCAGAGCAACGGCCGCUGUGUCCGCAGGGACCUCCACGCCACGUACUACCUCCACCUGAGCGGAGACAGCUACCACAUCCAGCCCUCAGGGGAAGGGGACUUUGUAGUCACUGGCUGGCACUCGCAGCACGAGCUCCAACUACUGGCUGAGAGGUUCCGCUGUCACUGCUAUGAGGGACACACCGGGGAGAAGUGUGACAGCCUGAACAAGGUGGUGGAAGAAGAGGAGGAAGAGGAGGGGGGAGAGGGGGAGGGGGAGCAGAGGGAAAGUGCGGCUUCACGAACUGGGAACACCCUUAGCUUGGUGGUGUUGCUCCUCCUAUUGAACUUAUAUCCUUAGUGGGGACUGUUGUAUGAUGAUAGCACUUUAAGUGCCAUGUGUUAUUUACGGUAGGGGAGACAGAGCUUGAAGUCACUUCCAUGGGAACUGCUUUCAUGCAAUGCUGUGUCAUUUUUCAACUGGGGUCCUUCACUAUAAUGGGUAACACUUUACUUGAAGGGUACCACCUUGUCAGCUCAGGGAUUGAAACUAACAACCUUUCAGUUACUGGUCCAAUGCUCUAACUGCUAGGCUACCUGCCACUCUAAAUGCAUAUCCUGUCAUCAAACCUACUUUAUGCUAUCAUUAAGCCUUACUAUAUAUCAGGAUCAAUAUAAACUGCGGGCUGUUUUUUGACAUUUUGCCAUUAGGCAUACGCUGCUCCCUUUGCCAGCAACGGCAUGUAUUUGCUGAGAGUAAGGUAACAUCCAAACCCUAUUAAUUCACACAAAACACAAUCACUAUUGGUAGUAUUGUAAACUCUGACAAUUUAAUGAUAUCUGGGACUCUUGCUCCAUUCUCCCCUAAUACUGUGCAGUUUCAUCUAGCAAUAAGCUUGGUAUUUCCACAAUGCAAAGUUUUAAAUUUUUUAAAAUUCAUUUGAACGGAUUAUCUAAUUUGACUACUGGAGGAACAAUAAAGUUUUAAAAAGUUCCAUGGCACAGUGCAAUUUGAAAAAGCCUUUAACAAAUUGGUGUAUCUGUAACCGAUGUGAAAUGGCUAGCUAGUUAGCGGUGGUGCGCGCUAAUAGCGUUUCAAUCGGGUGACAUCACUCGCUCUGAGACCUGAAGUAGUUGUUCUUCUUGCUCUGCAAGGGCCACGGCUUUUGUGGUGCGAUGGGUAACGACGCUUCGAGAGUGGCUGUUGUCGAUGUGUGCAGAGGGUCCCUGGUUAGGGGCAAGGAGAGGGACGGAAGCUAUACUGUUACAUAUCUACAUGGAAAAGUUUCCGAACCACAUCACGUUCGGGCCCCAAGGCCUUCCAUGGGCCCUGUUUAGUAGGCAACGUAUAGGGACAUUGUGUAACAGAGGCGCUAUGGAGGUUGCCAGCUGUUUCCUUCCCACAACUUUUUGCAAACAUUGGUGUUCAAGUUAUAUUUAAACUCGACAUCUCAUCGAUUCACAGGUGUAUGUUCAAAAGAACCCACAGCCUUACGUAUCACUCUGACAUUGAAGCUCAGGUAGGCAGGGGUUAACACUGAGCAGCAAUGGAAGAGACAAUGUAUGUAAUGUCAACACCUUUUGCCUGUCCUCCUUAGUUAGUAGUUUACUGUAGGAGAGUUAGAAGGUAUUUUCUUGCAACACCAAAGUGAGUGUCUUCUACCCAGGUUACUCUUGAAAUGUGUGAAACUGUAAAAUAAUUUUGAUGUACAAUUGUUAUGCUAAACUGGACUGUAAAACCAUUAUGUAUAUGGACUACACGUUAUUUUAAUGUAAAGAACAGAAAUGUUUCAAAUCUUGCCAAUUGUAUCCAUGUUGUUCUUUACCCAUGCACGAUGGCACUGUACAAAUGUACUUUAGAUGUUCUUUCUGUGAAGCACCAAGGGCUAGAGUCAUAAUUGACUUGGCAUCAAUAUAAGGCAUGUCAGCAUUUCGAUAGCCGCCAACAUUUCUUUUUGGAUUGCUUAACUCACUUUGUUUUCAUGUUUUAUGUGUAUGGACAAGUGGCUCAUAUAAGUAGUUCAUACAAUUUAUUUCGUUAUGUGACUGUGGUUUCACUGUAGACAAAUCCAUCUCAAUGUGGAUGAUUUCAUCAUCUCAGCCAUCUCAGCUUUAGUAGCCCUGUUGUGCUUUUGCCUAGACCGCACUUAAGAUUCCAAGAUUGUAAUCCAAAUACACAAGGAUUAUAUGCAACAUAUGACAAGAGUUGCUUGAAUGUAGAUGAACUGCAAACAUUUUUUAAAUCGAUCAUUUUGGAUACAUCAAUUUGUUUCUACAUUCUGCUUCAAAGCUAAGAAACUUAAUUAAAUGGCAUUAUAUGGAGGCUGAUAUCAAGAAAUAAACAUGGAUGACUAUUUUCCAAUUGACAACGUAUCAAUGAAGAUUCUCCAUUGAGAAUGUUUUUUAAUUGGCCCUCAGUAGCCCUUUAACAGUCCCUUAAAGUGGCCCUGAAAGUGACCCUUAAAGUUUGGAUUCUAUUGCAUGUGUAUUUGGACAUAUUCCUUCUCUUACACGCAAUGUGUUAGGCUGAUAACUGCAGACAAACACUGAUAUCCUCGGCACACUCCAGAGGUCAGGGGCCUUGAAGGGCAUCUGUGUUUUCCAGAGUGCAGAAACGAGAUAGGAGACCAGAUAUCAGUAAAAGCAGCAGUUUCACAGAAAUGUACAGGACCUGCUGUAUUGGUUGAUAGACACUACUGUUCAAAAGUUUGGGGUUAAUUAGAAAUGUCCUUGUUUUUGAAAGAAAAGCAAAUUUUUUGUCCAUUAAAAUAACAUAAAAUUGAUCAGAAAUACAGUGUAGACAUUGUUAAUGUUGUAAAUGACUAUUGUAGCUGGAAGUGGCUGAUUUUUAAUGGAAUAUCUACAUAGGUGUACAGAGGCCCAUUAGCAGCAACCAUCACUCCUGUGUUCCAAUGGCACGUUGUGUUAGCUAAUCCAAGUUUAUCAUUUUAAAAGGUUUUCUAAUUAGUCAUUAGAAAACCCUUUUGCAAUUAUGUUAGCACAACUGAAAACUGUUGUUCUGAUUAAAGAAGCAAUACAACUGGCCUUUUUUUUAGAGUGGUUGAGUAUCUGGAGUAUCAUAUUUGUGGGUUUGAUUACAGGCUCAAAAUGGUCAUAAACAAAUAAUUUUCUUCUGAAACUCGUCAGUCUAUUCUUGUUCUGAGAAAUGAAGGCUACUCCAUGCGAGAAAUUGCCAAGAAACUGAAGAUCUCGUACAACGCUGUGUACUACUCCCUUCACAGAACAGCGCAAAUUGGCUCUAACCAGAAUAGAAAGAGGAAUGGGAGGCCUCGGUGCACAACUGAGUAAGAGGACAAGUACAUUAUAGUGUCUAUUUUGAGAAACAGACGUCUCACAAGUCCUCAACUGGCAGCUUCAUUAAAUAGUACCCGAAAACACCAGUCUCAACGUCAACAGUGAAGAGGCGAGAUGCGGGAUGCUGGCCUUUCUAGGCAGAGUUCCUCUGUCCAGUGUCUGUGUUAUUUUGCCCAUCUUAACCUUUUCUUUUUAUUGGCCAGUCUGAGAUAUGGCUUUUUCUUUGCAACUCUGCCUAGAAUUAUAUGCCCAUUAUUUGGUAUCCUUUGGACCAGGGCUCUUAAACCCUGUUCUGAGAGAGCUACCCUCCAGUAGGUUUUUGCUCCAAACACAGUUGUAACUAUCCAGUUUAUUAUUAGAUUCAAGUGUGCUAGAUUAGGGUUGGAGUGAAAACCUACAGGACGGUAGCUCUCUAGGAACAGGGUUGGAGAGGCCUGCUUUGGACAGUAUGCAGAGUCUGUAACUGUCAUGCCUGGGUACUUAUACCUGUGUUCUCUGUUUGUCUGUUGCCAGUUUGUCUAAUUUGUCAAGUCAACCAGCAUUUUGUCUCAGCUCCUGUUUUUCCCCAGUCUCUUUUUCUCGCUCUCCUGGUUUUGACCUUUGCCUGUCCUGACUCUGAGCCUGCCUGCCGUCCUGUGCCUUUGCCACUACUCUGGAUUAUCAACCCCUGCCUGCCGUUUGCCUGCCCCUGUUUCUGUAAUAAACAUUGUUACUUCAA